AUGGCAAGAAGUCAGAUGAACCCUGGUCUUAUUCCUCGAUGGACCUGUGUGGAGCUGGAAAUCGUCGAGCAAAAUGCUCAAUGUACGCUGAAACGAAAGAUUCGACAGAUCAUUUUCGGCAACAUCUAUGUCUCCGAAACAGCUCUGAAGCAACAGACACCGAUUCGAAUUGUCGGAAAUAAUAUAAAAUAUGGAGAUGUGAUCACAUUUUUGGACAAUCGCAGGGUUGCUAGAGGAGUCUUCGUGUGCUCGGAAGUUGGUUAUCCGAAUUUUGGAGCUGAGGAUAUCAUCUCAGAGCUAAUAAAUCAGGAAAACGAAAUCCGCCAAUUCGCCCGAAUAAACAACUGCGCCAAUGAAUCUGACUCACUCUUUCUAACCAUCUGCAAGUGUUACAAAUUUCUCCACCAGCGACUUACCCAAGGAACUUUACAAAACGGAAAUCACGGCCAAAGUCAAAACGCAAUUUUCAACAGCCACGUUCAUCAACAACCAGCACAACAAAGCUAUGCGGAGAAAUUGAAGAACAUGGUUACUCAGAAUCAACUGCAGCAGAUGGCGGAGGAACAGCCACAGAUGAUGCAGCCACUGAUUGAAGACACUAUUCAAGAAGUGGGCAAGGAUGAUACCGUCAAAGUCGAAGUUUUUGAUGAUGACGAACCAGUGGUCAAUAGUCUUAGCUCACCGAAGAUGUCCAGCCUACAGAUGUCCGGUCAAAUGACCUCGCAAAUUAUCCCUCCAGCGCUUUCGAAGCAGCUCGCCAGUCCUCUCCGUCAUCCCUUCAGCACUGCUCAUCAGAAUUAUGAAUCUCCACCAAUUUCGCUGCCUAGCCUUCCCGCUCCGGUUAAAUCAGAAACCGGAGAAGUCUUUGUUCCCUGUUUUAUAAAAUUCCCCGUGGAGCGAAAAGUAAAGCUAACCGAUCUAGCCGUCUCAGCAUUGGGAGAAAGCGAAGCGGUGAAGCGCCGCAAAGAAGAACUUCUCGGCGACUAUGAGUUGUGCGUGGUUUGUGGCGACGUGUCCACUGGAGUCCACUACGGAGCAGAGACUUGUGAGGGCUGCAAAGGGUUCUUCAGACGCAUAACCCAGAAUAACUUGACUCCGCGGCUCUGUUCAAACGAUAACCGCUGUGUUAAACGAAUCAACAGGCGAAACAGAACUCAAUGCCCUUCUUGUCGAUUCGCUAAAUGCGUUCAGGUCGGAAUGUCUCGGGAUAAAAUGGACGAAACAAAGCUCCGUCUUCCGAAAAAGCGGCAACACAUCACCGAAAACAAGAUCCUCAACGACGACGGAAAAUCACUCAACGUUGACAAGUACCCAAAGCUUCAGCCGAAAAUUCAAGUGCCGAGAGGGACAGUUCCUGUUCCAUCAGCAGUGGUACAGACGCAGAGACUUCUCGAGCAAGCAGGCUCUGUUUCUAGCUCACCUCAGCUUGAUUCAGAGAAGAAUCCGCUUGCUCAUCUCCUUCAAAAUUCUGAACAAACGACACUCUUGCAAAAGCUUCUCAGUGGCCAGGUGCCGAUUGAACAAUUCAAAAACCGAUCCGCGUCUCCAAUCCCUUCAGCUCCUGCAAAGACACCAACAAAUGCACAGGAGAUUUUGGAGCUAAUGCGAACUCUUCAAAACUCUCAGAAAGGAGCGGAAAAGACUGAUUUGAAUCUGGCGGCUUCUGAAGAGGAUCAAAAAAUCAAAAAGGAAGCUGUCGACGAAAUCCCAGAAGAAAUAAAGAAUUAA